UAGCACCUGUGGUAACCCCAACUCCAAUUUCAGCCUCAGUCCCAGAUCCACUCUCGGUUCCAACUCCAAUUGCUGGUGCAGCUGCAACGCGCACUCCGGAACCAGCCUUAGAUCAGUCAUAGGAUUCUGACCAAGGCUCCAUCUUCAACGGAGUCUCAUCCUGUACAGGUCAGACAGGGGGCGUUUGAAGAAAGCGUUGCUUUCUAAUUUCCCAACGUGACACACGAUCCCGGAUUCAUGUGUGAAUAUAAAUAUAAAAUAGAUAUGAAAAUACUAUGAAUAUGAAUGAAUUCAUGCUACGCACUGUGAUGGCAUUGAAUUGUCCUUUAAUAACUACACCAUUUAUCCCACUCGAUUAUUUUCCAAUUCAGGGUAUAAUUCUUCGUUCGCGUGGAAAUUCGAAGGCCACAUCCUGGGUAUAUUCAUUUGAAGGAUUUUUUGCUGAUUUGACAUUAACUCUGCAAAUAAGAUUUGCGUUAUUUUAUGAAAUCUGUUUCAAUGAGGAUAAGAGCAAGAAGCCAGAAUACCUAGUAGAGUAGGACUAACUUUCCCUAUUCAUGUUAAGCAAAUAUACGACCUUUGGAAGAAGUGAAUUUUUGUACAGAGGUGCCAUACUGUGGUGCUAUGUUUGAAGGGGAAGCGACAUAAAACCUUCACCUUGUGGGUUUCCCCGUUGUGUUCGUGGCAUUCAACGUCUCACGGCCCGGCGUCUGUCGCCUUUUCCGCGUGAAUCUGCAUAACCAUCAGGGAAACGUUCUCUGGUGACCUCUAUUUUAUAUGUGCGUGCGCUUCUGGCGCUUUCAAUCAGCGGCCUUGGUUCGCCCGGCCUCGGCACUGCGUUUGCCAACUUUCGUUAUGCGAAGGGAAAUGCGUAUAAAGAAGUUACAUUGAGAGAAGUUGCCGUGUUUUUUAAGCGCAUCUUCCUUUGAACAAAAAAAUUUCACAGUAAUGGUUGUAGUCAUAUUAUCGGACUUAGUAUUUAAAAAAAUAAAAACAGUAUAAAAAAUGGUGGUAUUAAAGUAAUUAGUAAAUUAACGUUAGCUACAUUUAAUAUCAAAACUGUGGGCAUAAAUCUUAAAUGUUUUCGACAAUUAUGUGAAAUUUUGCUGAGGAAUGACCAUUUUCGUUCUGUGUACAAUGAGGCCAAGAAGUAAUAUUUUUAACGGCUGGCGAAAGAACUAUUUUUUUGAUUACCAGAAAAGCGCAAUGCAAAAAUGAAUACGUGUAUUGGUUAUAACAGUCGUUACUAACAGCGUUGAUUGAACUUUGUUUCCAAGGACAAUGUAGCUGCAUAGCAAACAUGCGAGGCCGAACUUCCUUAAUCUUCCUUGUUAAUUGUUCCAAGACACGAUUGGAUUUCAGCGUCUUAUGCGGUGGUAACAAUCAGUGAUCCGAAGCUCCAGAUUAGAACGAACCGUAUUGCGCCUAUCGCGUGGAAAGCCGAAAAGAUUAAUUUGGCGUAUCGGAACAUUUUCUUCUCCGCGUUAAGCGUAAUCUUAUGCUUUGGUCGUCAGGGAGAUGUCUGGGCUCUCUGCGUGCCAUGUCAGUGGCCUGAACUUCAGUAACAUAUGUAAUGGAAUGAGCGAGGAAAAUUUUGCUUGGAAGGCUUUUAUUUGUAUUGAAUCGGGUUAUUAAACAGAGUAUGAAAAGUAAAUAUACUGAAAUACCGAAUUCUAGUUGGACCCUUGGGGUCAUUCUGCACUUUCUUCAAUCAUUGCUUGAAAAGUGAAAAUGGCUUCAUACCAAAACACAACUUAGAACGUGGUGGCAAUCCGUGCUACAGACUGGCGGUACCGUCUACAAGGAAUGCCAAUGAAGGAAAUUGGACGAGAUGGCAUUUACGAGAACUUCGUUAGGAUUUAGUUUGACUGCGUUGCGCAAACGAAGGUCGCUUUCGUUGCCUGUUGGCACAGAAGCGUGGCGUUACUUUUUCAAUUUCUUAUUAAUAACCGUGUGUAAGUAAAUUCAUCUGUAGCCAUCUAAAGGGUAGAUCGAUGUAGAUAAAUCGAUUAGAUCAUUAAUAUGAAAAUGUUAUCGUUGUGAACGUCUUCAUCGGUGACUCCUCUCAAGAUUGUCAAUUACGAUCCCGCGUAGGGUUCAUGUUACGGUUCUUAUCACAUAGAUAAGGCGCGAGUCAGAAUUACGAGGGUUCUCAGGCGAUAAGGAAGAACGCGUCAAAAUAUUUCCUAUGGGUACGCGGACUACACGUGUUUGUAUCUGCUGUAAUCUCAAAAAAGCCUGGAUAAAAUGAAUGUCUUGCCUGUCCGCAUGUCCGCGAAUUAUUGUAAAUAGGAAUAUUGGCAUAAAACUUGAAACUUUCCCGAGUGCUUAGGCUUUGGAAUUAAAGCCAACCACGACCUACCCCUACAAACCUGAUACAACUUAUCGAACUCCUAAGAGCUGGAAAUUCAUUCAAAUUACGGAAGUGGGGUCUAGGUCUGCACAGCAAAAUCUUACACCCCUGGGCACUAAGACUACUUGAAAGUGAAAGGAAAUUAGUUGACAUUGGUAAAUGAAAAUCUUGUAAGACUUGGUCUAAAGGCAACUCUGCAUAUUAUUUUUGUAGUUUAGAAUUGAUUGAAGGAAUAAUCCAAUAGUUAAACGUCAAGGAAUUUGAAGUAAAUGUGUGACCAUAAUUGUCUAAUCGUGUGUAAGAAGAUAAGAUUAUAAAAUCAAUCAGAUUUUAGAAAAAGUUCCCUUCUUUGGAUGUCUUUCUGUGUGAAACCAAUGAGUGACUGUAGUUUACAGGAGGAAUCACUGACAUAGCAAGUCUCUGACAGGUAUUUUGUGUGGUAAACCAUCGAACGAUCAAUCACAUCAAUCUCGUUUUGUGGGCAAAACCACCCAUGAUACCCAUUUUCCUAAAAAUAUAAAGCACUGUAAUACCUGGUAUUUCAACACCACGGUUUCUCAAUUCUCCUAGCAAUUUUACAUCACUAAUUUUGUUGACCUUCUUUGUUUCGGGAAUCAUAAAUCGUUUAAUCCACCCGCUUCACACGAGACGUCUGCUCCCGCUGGUUGAGGACGAUUCUGUUUUAAGAACACGAAACCUCUCAAUUAUUGAUUUCACUAUUGACCAAGGUCUGUUUGCAAGUUCAUAUUCUUGCAAAUAUUUGCACUUAUUGCGCAAUUUUAUUCUUACUUUUCUGAAGCAUCACUAGUUUCUGUUGAGUUGCAGUCUAUUUUCACUUCCUAAUGAGGAUGGGUCAUAUUCUUUGCUCUUUAUCCAUACUGUGCCGAAUGCCAUGAAUCAUAAAAGGUCCACAAAUUCAUUAUUAGCUAUUUCAUCUCACUACAUUAACUCUUGUGUAACACGACUUUGUUUUUUCUUCGAUACACGAAAUUUAAUAUUAUUUAUAUUUUUUGGACUUCUAUUACAUCCAUUGUUUGGUACUACGUUUGCAUUAUCUGUGUAGGGUAAUUCCAUUUACAUUCUUGAGGAAUGAACAAUUCAUGGGAAAUAAAGAAAAUGUAUUAUCAAUUGCUCUAUAAGAUAAGAAAUUCAUUGAACUCGUGCUAAUAAUUCAUACAGGAAAUACUAGAUAUGCAUUACUGUACAUUAAAAUACCAAUUAGAUUACAUUAAAAUAAAGAGAAAUUUUUAGAACUCGCUUAUCUGAAGUGGGUGGAAAGUUGGAAAAUAAAAAAAAACAAGCACUUCUGAAACAUCUUUACCCCUUUUCACCUAAUUAAUGAAUUAUCGAUGUCACUGUGCUAAUUUGAUGAGCGUUGAACUUGAUUUCUUUCGAUGCAUAACCACGACAUAACGAUUGACCCGGCUGAAGCACCCCUGUGUGCGAGAGCGAAGCCUCAAGUGGGCUGUUGCCAAUCGACGGAACCCGAUAUUCUCGCAACAGUGUAUGCACAUGUGCAUGCCCAUGUUAGUUUGCUGCGCCCCUUUAACUUAGCUGCAGCUGUAUUGCCUCUCAGCAAACGUCGCUAGGUAAUUUAAAUAACACUUUUCGUUCAAACAUUGGAAAACGUGUUCAUCGUGAAAGUAUGUAUGCAAGAUCGACCGGCAAAAGUUACCUUCUCUGCGUUCGCGGAUAUCUUGAUCCUUACUGCAGAACCACCGGUUAAUUUGCUGAAGCACCUUCCCCAAGUCGCAACUAAUUGGGUUUUACAAGCAAAACUUCACAUAGAUAUUUCCGGCCUGCAUUCAGGCGCCCAAUCUCUCGCCAAGCCGAUCCAGUCUCUCCAUCAAACUUCCGUUCACGGUAACGGACACUACACCCCUCAUCAUUUUUAGUCUCUUUUGGAGAGCGAAUGGCGGUACUCAGCCGCCCGUAGCAAGGAUUCUUGAAAUGAUGUGUGUGUAAUAGCGCGCGCGGCGCGUGCCGGGCUCGUGGAGGCACCUUGUGGUGAGGCGGCUGGGCGUGCGUUGCAGGGCGGCGCGGAGGGGCUGUGGCUGGUGGAGGGCUACGCGGAGGGCGCGGGCGGGCGGCGCCGGCGCCGGCGCUUCUGCUACGCCGCGCGCCACGUGGUGCUGGCGACGGGCGCGUGCGACCGCCCCAACGCCCUGGGCGUGCCGGGCGAGGCGCUCGCCCACCGCGACCUGCGCUCCCUGGAGGCGGCGCUGGACGCCCUCGCCCGCCAGCACAGCGCCGCAGGCACUGCUCCUGAUCCGGUGCUUGUGGUGGGUGCUGGCCUCAGCGCUGCGGAUGCUGUGAUUGCAGCUCGACACCGUGGCUUUCCAGUAUUGCAUGCCUUCCGACGGCAGGUCACCCAACUCGAGCUGACGCAGUUGCCUUCUUCCAUGUAUCCUGAAUACCACAAGGUGCAUCAGAUGAUGAGAGAUGGUGGAGCUGGUUAUCCUCAAUAUUCUGCCUUACCUGAAACGCACCUGCUUGCUUUGAGGCCUGGUCAUGCAUGGCUUUCAGGCCCCAAGAGUCGUUUCUCCAAAUCAUCUGAGCAUCUGUCUUCUGCAGACAACUCUUGUGCAGAAUCUGAAACAUCCAUUAAUGAUGGUGAUUGGUACAGUGUCUCAGCCACUGCAGUUCUGGUGGGGGCUCGUCCUGACUUGAGGUACUUGAAGCUUCCCAGUGGAGAGACUAACCUGCUGGCCAUCGACCCUUCUCGACCAGUGGACCCUAAGACCAAUCCUAUUGAUGUAGAUCCUGUUUCAUACCGUGUUCUGAAUGCACCAAAGGGUCUAUAUGCAUUGGGCCCAUUGGCUGGGGAUACGUUUGUACGCUUCGUUUUGGGUGGUGCAGUGGGAGUGGCAGCUCAUAUUCAAAAGCAGAGAUAAAGUUAGUAGUAGGAUUUGAAUGAUGGUGUGGACAAAGUAUUGAUAAAUAUUAGGACACAAGAUCUAUGUCUCAGUAACACUUAUGUCCGUAAUGUGUGUUAUGUAGAGGAGAUAAUGUAAGCAUCAUUCGCUGCAAAAACACCAACAGUUAAGAAUGUAGUUGGCACGAAUGCAAGUAAUAUUAGGGUGUAAUUUAUUUAAUUUUGUUUUGCUUGUAAAAAGGCUGGUGCCAUUACACUUUUCAGGCCGGUGUUACAUUCCACUCAUCGUUUUUUAUAUUUAUAAGUUCAGUUCAUUCAUUGAUAGAUUGUCAUCAUUUAUGUGCUGUAGUUUACUUUAAGGAUGUAAUUCUCAGGAAGCUGGUAGUCUGUGAAAUUGGCACAGUGUACUUAUUGGUGCUUGUGUAAGUGUUUUAGAAUUAAUUAUCACCUUAAGUGCAGUUUAUCACAAUUGUUGCUGUUCUUCAAGAAUCGUGAAAAAAAAAUUUUUUUUGCAGUUCAGCAUCAUUUGAUUUGGUCAAAUUUAGUGUGCUAUCAAAGCAUAAUUUUACUGUCAAAACAUUGUUUAAUGUCUUUUGGAAGUGCACAAGUCACUUACAAGAAUGUGAUGCUGCUAUGUAUCAUGAAAACAUUAAAUGGUGUUCACAAGGGACGCACAGUUGAACAUGAGUAGUCAUUUGUCUAUUUGUUGGUUUCUGUAAUUCACAUGUGAAUUGCACCAAAAAUAUAUGUAAGAUAAUUAUUUUAUACACUAAAAUUAAGUCUGUUUAUUAAUGAUAUUCUGUUGAAGAUGGUUCUGUUUUGCAAAGAAUAAUCAUUUAUUGACUCGAUUACUUACUAUUAAAAUAGAUUGUUUUUAUACAGAUUAUUAUAGAAUAUAAUUUGUGAAUAUCACAUCAUUGUAUUAAUUUUUAAAAUGUCAUUAAUUGAGUAUAAAAAUCAUUGAGUAAAUUUAAGAACUUCUCAAGUUUUCAUUAUCCUUUAAGUUUGAAAGAAAUUACAAACAGACAAACCUAUGUUGUUAACUGUACUUGUGAUGUGCCUCUUUCACUUAACAAAAGACAAUUCAUGUUCUCUCUUUUUUAUUGAAGCAUGCAUGUUUUUAAGAAUUGUCCUUUCAUAGUACGUUUUUAUGCAUUUUCCUACGUAUAUAAUUUAUUUAUUUUCAGAGCUUUUGUAUUAGAAUCUUAAGAAAAAAUGAGCUUACUCUUGCCAGUCUGUUUUUAAGUGUGUUUUGUUCUUUGCAUAAAAUGCAGUUCUCCUGAGCCUAAACUGUAUGGUGCUCAGUAUGUGUUGCCACCAUGCAGAAAAGUAUUCUGAACUAGUUGUAAUGAUCUAUUAAAAUUCCUGAAGAAGAAAAGUGCAUAUUUGAAAAUCAUAUUAAUUUUUCUAUUUCAUUACUUUUUCUCUCUAAAACAGUGAACUCUCUUAUUUCUCAUGUGUAAUGAGAAACAUUUUGAAUAUUUUUCAAGCUCAAGUCAUUGGACUCUUUUCUCAGUAAUGAAUUGUUAGAAAGAAAACAUUUAAGCUUUCAAAUCACAUCAUUUUUUUCUUCUGCUUUCUAUAAGUUAUCUCAUAGUAAACAGUUAUACAAGAUCUUUCAAAGGAUAUAAUGUAGUUAUAUAUUCUGUACAUAAAAGGAGAAUUGUAGAUAUUUUUGUAUCUUGAUAUUUUGUACAUAGUUUUUUGUUCUGUGUACUUAAAACAGAAAUUUGUUCAACGUUAAUACAUUCUGCUGAGUACUCGUCAUGAUCUGAAAAUUUAGGCUUUCAAAAUUAAUUACUUUUCGGCAAGAAAUGAAGGGGCAUUAAGAAUUUCACAUUUUAAUAUGUGCAGAUUUUAUUUGAUAAACAGUGAAAUAGUAUUGUAUUGAAGAUUAUUUCUUCUAAAAAAAAAAAAAGUAUCUAGAUCAUAUAUGUUGUACAUAAAGAGAAAAAAGAAUGUAUAUUAAUAUGUGCCUUGUGUUGUAUAUGUAUAUAUCCUGUUCAUAAAUUGAAUUCUUUGAAUAGUUCAAUA